CGCACGGUCGUCUCUUCCAUCUCGACUGACAUCGGACUCCGGUGGACAUGACGAAGGUCCACCCCCACGCCACGGCGGCGGAGGAGCCGCCCAGGCCUGAAUCUCCCCGCGCCGGCGGAGGGAGGGCUGCAGCGGAGGCGACGGUGCUGACGGUGUGGCGGAAGUCGCUUCUCUUCAACGGGAAUGGGUUCACGGUGUUCGACUCCAAGGGGCACUUGGUGUUCCGGGUGGACAACUACUCCUCAGGGAGUAGGGAUUGCAUCGUUCUCAUGGACGCCGCCGGGAAGCCGCUGCUCACCAUCCGGCGAAAGAAGCUGAGUCUGGGAGAGCACUGGCGAAUCUAUGAUGGCGAGGAGGCUAUCAACCCCAGGUUUGCGGUCAAGAAGAAGCACACGGGCCUCCUGCACUCGAAGGGACUGGCGCGAGUGACCCCGUGCGCGUCGGGCACCGAGUCGCGCCUUGCCUACGACGCCGAGGGCUCCUACUCACGGCGGUGCUGUGCCAUCUACGACAGCAGGCGACGGCAACUGGCAGAGAUCCAGAAAAAGGAGUCUGCUCAAGGCAUAUCCCUUGGCCUCGAUGUCUUCCGCCUGGUGGUGGAGCCGGAGCUCGAUGCAGCAUUCGCGAUGGCCAUGGUGAUACUCCUGGAGCAGAUGUUUGGAUCCAGAGGGUCACUGCUUAGAGGUUGAAAGGUCGUAUCGAGCUUGUGUUCGUAUGAGCUUGUUAGUCUCCCCUGCCCAUCCAUCUCAUGGAAAUUGUAACAAAAAACUGCAAGAAAAAAAAAGGGGAAGUGUAUAUACUUUUGAUGACAUGAGAUGAGAUGAAGACGAAGAUGAAGAUUUUGAUGGCUA